AUGCGUCUCUUGUUCACUAUCCUCACUACUAUUAGUAGCCUUUCUUCCUUGGCCGCUGCUGUCAGCCGUUUAAGUGUCUAUAAUAACUGCACCCAAAAUAUCUACCUCUGGAAUGGAGGCCUUGUUGAGGCCGAAAAUAUCGUCCUUCGGCCACUCGACUACCACGUUGAAGACAUGCGCCCCUCUCCUGGUGGUGUAAGCCUCACGAUCACCAUCUCCCGAGGUGGUCUCAUGGACGGCUCGUCUCGAACCAUCUUUCUCUACGAUAUCCUCCCCCGCGGGAUCUUUUACGGUAUGGCUAAUUUCUUUGGAGACCCCUUGCAAGGUCACCCAAUCACGGUCCUCCCUGUAAACCCUUCGGGUCUUGGUUGCGAAAUAAUUCAAUGGUCUCAAGGUUUGCCACCAGGUGGCGAGACGAGGCCCACACUAUGCGGACUGAACACCAAUGGUUUUCAUAUAAGUCUCUGCGGUUCCCUCUAA